CCCAAAGCUACUAUAAGAAAAGAAUGCAGCGAAACAAUAAUUUCUCUUUGGAUGAUUUUGGAUCUGAUAAUAUAUUCUAGGUCUAGACAGGUAAGUAAAACCUGUCUUUGAUUUUACUUUAUUCUGCGACAGCUUGUUUCCGAAAUCUCCGAAGUUUCCUAUUAUUUAAAAAAAAAAAAGAAAAAAAAACCCAAAGAAAACGCUUUUACUUAUUCCAUUGCUUUACAGUCUAAACGUGAGAUGUAUCAACUCAAGGGCCCCUUUAAUGUUAAAAUUGCGUUAAUUUGAAUCAUUACGGUAUUUAAUUAACGUAUAAUUGAUCAUUGGUCUAAACCGCACUAUUAAUGUAAUUUAAUAUUUUUUAUGUACAAUUUGUAAAGUAAUAUGAUUUUUUUUGUGUUAGAAAAUGUGUUGUAAUCAGUAUUUAGUAUCUUUAGUGUGCUAACUUAUGUACUCCACAGAAGUAUCACACGAAUAGUUUGAAUGUCAAGUAUUUCAUCUUUAUAUUAAAAAAAUGGACUUCUCAUCUACCACUUUUUUCAUCGGUAUUCUUCUCUCAUUCUCUACUUCGUUCCCUCUCUCUCUCUCAUUCUCUCUCUCUGUCUCUCUCAGUCUCUUUCUCCCAGUCUCUCUCUCUCUGUCUCUCUCUGUCUUCUCACUGUCUCUCUCUCUACAUCUCUGCUUUUUUAUCUCUCUGCCCACCAUCUCUCUCUAUCUCGCCCUCUCUCUCUCUUCCUACAUAUAUAUGUCUCUCUAUCUGUCUUCGCUCUCUCUCUAUCGCUCUAUCUCUCUAUCAAUUCGUUUUUAUUUUGAAACACGAACCCCUACUCCAUUCUCCAUAUUCCUUGCACUGCUCAGUGCUUCUCACUCUCUCCUCAAAUACCCGUCAACGCUCCACGGCAUCGUCUCGUUAUAUUAUACUCUUCGACUUCUCUCCUACCUCUCUUGCUUGCCCACCAAUCCCCGACUCCUUACCCUCCUGAUUGCAUAACAAUCCCCGACUCCUACUCUUCCUGCUUGCAUAACAUUCCCAAAUCGAGUAGUUAGCAACUGCGGCAGACCUUCAGGUCGUAUCCAUAGAGAGAUUAUUUACGGAGUCCAUUUUAUGUAUCUUAUCCGGUCCUCGCUGUAGGCUGUUAUCUUUUGACCAGAAAAUUUUAAAAAAAAGUUAUUGUGUGCUUGUAAAGGAAUGUGUCACCAGAGUUUAUCGCGUGAAAGAUUCUAAGCUGGUUGGUCGGUUAUUCAAAUGCGCGGAACAGUUAUACACAAACAAAGUCUGAAUAGGGAGAGUAUGUGCGUGUGUUUGCAAGUCUAAAAUGGGUUAGGCUUCUAUUGAUUAAACCUUUGGCUUGAUCUUCAAUACUCCACACAAAACAAAAAAAUUCGAAACGAAAACGGUUUUAAUCUUGACCAGACUGGGCAUGUAAACCUGAAAUUAAAACUAGAGAAUAGUUCACAAGUAAACCAUAGACAAGGUAUAGAUAUCUACUAUAGUAUCAUGCGUACAUAGACAUUGAGUGACCUGUGAUUCAAAAGUAUUUUAAUUUUAAUGGCAUGUUGAUCGCGCAAAUGACUCUUCAAUAGUAAUCAAGUAGAACACACUCAUGAUCAUACCUAUAUGAUUCAAAUUGAUUUUUCAUCGUGAAAUAUACCAAAUUAAACCCAGGCCCUAAUGGUGAUGUUCAGCACAAGACACCAAGGCCAUGCUGGUGAUGUUCAGCACGGAGACACCAAGGCCAUACUAGUGAUGUCAGGAUGGAGACACCAAGGCCAUACUGGUGAUGUUCAGGACGGAGACACCAAGGCCAUACUGGUGAUAAUCAGGACGGAGAAAACAAGGCCAUACUGGUGAUGGCUAGCACGGAGAAAAUAAGUCCAUACUGGUGAUGUUCAGGACGGAGAGGUACUGGAUGAUGUUCAGGACGGAGACACCAAGGCCAUACUGGCGAUGUUCAGCACGGAGACACCAAGGUCAUUCUGAUGAUUUUCAGGAUGGAGACACCAAUGUCAUACUUGUGAUGUUCAUCACGGAGACUCCAAGGUCAUACUGGUGAUGUUCAGGAAGGAGACACCAAGGCCAUACUGGUGAUGUUGAGUAUGGCGACAGCAAGCCAUACUGGUGAUGUUCAGCACGGAGACACCAAUGUCAUACUGGUGAUGUUCAGGACGGAGACACCAAGGCCAUACUGGUGAUGUUCAGCAUGGAGACACCAAGGUCAGACGGGUGAUGUUCAGGAUGGAGACACCAAGGCCAUACUGGUGAUGUUCAGCACGGAGACACCAAGACCAUACUGGUGAUGUUCAGGACGGAGACACCAAGGCCAUACUGGUGAUGUUCAGCAUGGAGACACCAAGGUCAGACGGGUGAUGUUCAGGAUGGAGACACCAAGGCCAUACUGGGGAUGUUCAGGACGGAGACUCCAAGGUCAUACUGGUGAUGUUAAGUGUGAGACAUCAAGGCCAUACUGGAGAUGUUCAGGACGGAGACACCAAGGCCAUACUGGUGAUUUUCAGCAUGGAGACACCAAGGUCAGACGGGUGAUGUUCAGGAUGGAGACACCAAGGCCAUACUGGUGAUGUUCAGCACGGAGACACCAAGACCAUACUGGUGAUGUUCAGCAGGGAGACACCAAGGCCAUACUGGAGAUGUUCAGGACGGAGACACCAAGACCAUACGGGUGAUGCUCAGCACGGAGACACCAAGGCCAUACUGGUGAUGUUCAGCACGGAGACACCAAGGCCAAACUGGUGCUGUUCAGGACGGAGACACCAAAACCAUACUGGUGAUUUUCAGGACGGAGACACCAAGGCCAAACUGGGAUUGUCCAGCACGGAGACACCAAUGUCAUACUGGUGAUGUUCAGGAUUGAGACACCAAGGUCAUACUGGUGAUGUUCUGGACGGAGACUCCAAGGUCAUACUGGUGAUGUUUACGACGGAGACACAAAGGUCAUACUGAUGAUGUUCAGGACGGAGACACCAAGGUCAUACUGGUGAUGUUCAGGACGGAGACACCAAUGUCAUACUUGUGAUAUUUAGGACGGAGACAGAAUGUUGUUUCGAAACACUGACACGCUUAGAGCACGGCUGCUAAAAAAAAUGAUUUUUCAUGAACUCGUUUGUUAUUGGAUUGUUAGCUUUCAAAAGCUGCCUUGUUGAUGUUUGUCAACACGCGUAAGUCGUUUUCCUAGAUCAACCGUAAAAAAAUAUAAGAACAUUUGUACACAAGAACUUAAGAACAUAAGAACACAAGAUCAAACCUUUUGUUUCUAGUGCUUAAUAAUGCUGGAAAGAUAUAAUAAAUAUGUAUAUUUUGAUGUUUACCAAUAUUUCGUUUCUUUUCUUCUGUGAUAGGUUAUGAAGAACAAGACAUAUUAGCGACAAUGGUAAUGUACAACAUUUUCUUGCUUAAUGUUUUAACAAAAAUCGUUAUGUCAACUUUCUCUAAUCAUUCAUUUAACUACAACACACAUGCAUUUCUAACAAUAUUCCGCUGUUUAUAUUCCAGAUUAAAAUACCCGCAAAUACUAUUCUCAUAUUCUGCAGCAAUAAAAUUAAAUCGAAUUUAAAUAAGCAAUUCAAAUUUAUGGGAGUAAUUUUUUUUUAAACUAGUUCUCCAACCAUCUGGAAUAUGUCUACUUUAAAACUGGAUUUCACACACUUGAUAGCAAAAUUUAAAUAUAUAUAAUACAUAUAUAUAUAUAUANUAUAUAUAUAUAUAUAUAUAUAUAUAUAUAUAUAUAUAUAUAUAUAUAUUGCAACAAGAUGAACCAGUUUUUGUCACGGUCUUAAAUUAUUUUCCUCUUUAUAAUUUUAAGAUUUUUAUUUAUUAUCAUUUGUUUUAAUGAAAGCUUAAUUGUUCUCAAUAUUUACUAUAACGCCUACAAGUAUGCCCAGACCAUCAUUUUAGGACAAUGGAAUUUUAGCAUUUAUGUCGUACACAAUUGUUCACCCACUUAAAAUGAUACAUUAUUUAUUUAUUUUUUAAAAUUAGCACACGAAAAAUAAAAUAUCCAGUUUAUGCUUUCAAUAAGAGUAACAAUUAAAGAAAAAUGAUUCAGUUAUGUCAAUAUUAUGUUAUUCCGCACCCGAACGGUACUGUAUAUUUGUUUUUAAAUUUUAGCACAUUUUAAGUAAAUAUUUUAUUCAUACAUCAUCACAUUAGGAGCUAGUUUGUUGUGAUGUUUUUAUUGGCAUUUUAAAAAAAGUAACAUUAAUAAUAAUUAGAAUAAAAUAACACGAUAAUGCUUUCAUGAAAUUUUGUCCUAACUUAAUUAAUUAAAAUUUAAAAAAAUAAGGCAGAUUAUGUUGCUAUAAUUUAUUUGCAAAAUAGUUUAAAUUUAAUAUAAGAUGAGUUUUAUCAUCUCAGAGCAAGAGAUCAGCAGAAUCUACAGGACAACAUCAGCAUGUCAAACGACAAAUGUCUUCACCUACCGAAAUGGCGGUGGCUCAUUAUUUGGUAAUUUGUUUUCAUAUCCCCACAUGUUAUCCCCCCCUACCCAAACACAAUGCUGGGCCAUUAACCAAACAUCUUUAUACUCCGUCCAAUUAUAUAUGGGGUGUACAUUCCACUCCUUACACCCAAAGCGCAGACGUUUACCGAUAAACGAUUCUUCGGGGUGCCUUCCAUGGUUUCACAUGUAAAUAGUUCUUGAAUAGAUGGAGUGAAUAUAAAUUUGUUUGUUUUAUUUAAUUAAUGUGUGUUGAUUAUUUUUUGAAGUUCAUGAUUAUGUUUGUUAAAUUGAAAGUGCUUUAGUUUCUUGGUGGGACACUGUUAGACUGUCCACGUUUCAAAUCCCUAUAACAAGUCGUGAGGACUGCUGCGCUGUAGAACGAGAUCUUCGUUUCUCGUCUGAUAUCCCUCCUGUCCCAAACAGUGCUUCGGGGUCUGCCAAAUAUUGCACUAGCUUUUGCGAGUCUGGCUUUCAUUGCAUCAUCUAUGACGACAGUUCUUGAGAGAGUGAGUCCAAGUAAGUAAAUGUAUCCACCGCAUUAAGGCGCUGUCCGCGGGUGGCAAUGCUGUGUUCAGUGUAGGGCCUACUGGGAGCUGGCCGAUACAUCUCCUCAGUCUUCUUUGUGUUGAUUGUGAGGCCAAAGUCGUUGCAAGCCUCAGAUUAUAUAUAAACGCAUUUUUGCAUGGCGGCUUCAGAGUAAGCAUUGAGGGCACAAUCGUCCGAUAACAGAAGCUUGUUGGUUCCCUGUGCUUGGGUACCACAAAGUAUCAAAUCAAUAAUAAUAAUAACAUAACCAACUUAGCAGUCUACGCACUAUUUUUUUAUAUGAUUUUUCUUGAAAAAAAUUAAUAAUAAAGUCAUUACAAUUUUUGUUAAAUAGUUGGUAUUUUUUUGAAACUUUUUUUUUCUAAUUUCACAUUAAAUUCUUAAACUAUUUGGAGAUUAUCACAUACGUAUUUCUGGGGGUAAUGCAAUAUAUAAGUACGCUGUUUACUAUGUCAAUUAACUUGAAGAGUUUUUCAGUAUUUAAUUUUAACAUGGCAACGAUUCCACUUAAUGUGCUGUAUCGAUAAAAGACUACUCUUUAAAAUGUUGGCAUUUAUAAAAAAAAAAGAAAAAUAACAUUGUAUAAAUAAUAUGUGUGCUUCAGAGAAAAGGCGCAUUGUCGGUACUUCACACCAAAUGGCAGUAAUUUACUAAUGACAUUUCUAUAAAAUAUAUUCAAAUUAUAUAUAUAGAUAUAUUUAUUAUUAACAUUUAAUGUAUAUAUAUAUAUAUANAUAAGAUUCUUAUAUUGAAGCAAACAAAUGGAAAUUCUUUUUGAUUGCAUUGUACAUUUUCAGCACAUAAAUAAAUCAAUUUGAAAACUAGACUUCGACAUUAAGUUAAUUGACUAGUGAGGAAAAAAGACCAGUUAUUCAGUGAAUUCUUGUAGCCAUAUCAGGGACUUAUUAAAUCUCAUUAAGAUCUGUGACUUAAGGGGGGACACGCCGAAUGCCAGACCUUCGGAGUCUUAGUUUUCAUGGAUUAAAUCCAAAAGUGUCUCAAUAGCCUACAGCGUGUUAGAAUUAGGUGGAAUGUAAGGCAGAAGAUUGGUAAAUUGGCUUGAAAGUGACGGAGUGUAGGUCCAUGGCGGGUGUACAAGAUAAAUGUUUCACAGUACUGUUGUUGAUGCUAAAGUAGUUUUUGUGAACAUUUUUUGCCAAUCCCCCUCCCAUUGGAUUUGCCGCUGUCACUUGUUCUAUCGGCACAGAAAUGUUAAAUUCAUCCAGUGCCACUGCUGAAUCUAAUACCGUUUUUUUAAAGCCAUGUUUCUGUCAGACAUAUUAAGGAGCUUUUGCGAAAUGGAUAAAAAUGCUUACUGCAACAAUCGAGUUCAUCCAUCUUGUUGUAUAGUGAUCCAACGUUUCCCAAAACAACAGGUGGAAGAAAGCCUCACUGUCCCCUGUUUCUGAAUUGCACACGAAUGCCUCCCUUCUACCCGUUAUCUUCGUCUCAGUCCUGAACCGGUCGCCAUUUUUUGUUGGCAUGGCGGAAGUUUACAAAGAUUUCGGAAGUGACAUUGUUAGGCUAGUAUGAGUAACCUGAUUUCCCAAGCUUUUCCUGCGAAGAGAAACACACUAAACUCACAAGAAAACCGUCCUUAGCACCUCCAUUUUAAAUAGUGAAACACAAUUUUAAAAAAAAAACAUUUAAAAACUGUGAAAAAUUUGAAAAAGAUGCACUAAUGCAAUCGAUUCGCAUGCAGUGCAGUGCCCCGGAAUUACAAAUAUUUUAAUAUACGUAGAUAGACGGAUAGAUAGAUAGAAUGAUAAACAACCUUGGACAAUUUUUUUUUUAAAAACAGGGUUAAAAAAUUAAAAAAUGUUUGAACAAAAUAUAUUUUCUAAGACAUCAUGUUAGUAUAAGUCAAAAGUUGUAACCCCUUGUCUAAUGUCAUUAUAAUAAUAAUAAUAAUGACACAAAGGACGAUUCGGAUAAGCGCCGGUCCGUACAAUUGACUUUCGGACAAAAGACGCUGUUCUAUAACUUUUUUUUUUUUUUUUUUUUAAACAAAAUGUAACCCAAGGAGAGUGUAGAUGUUUAAUACCGUACAAAAAAAUUAUAUAUAUUGAAAAAUUUCUUUCAAAAUAAAAUAAAAAAAAUUAUCAAUUGCAACUUUGCCACACGUCAUGUUGUCAAACCAAUUUGAUCCAAUUUCCAGAGAUAAAUUUAAUAUUUUCGUUUCCAUUGUGGUCUCCAUUAGUUAACUUUUAUGUAGGACACUUUUCCCCGUGCCGUGGACAUUGCUGACCCCAGAUUAGAUUCCCAGCAGACGCUACGUUCAUAGAUGGGCGGGGCUAGUUCUUUUGAUCUGUCAUGUUUACAGUACAGCCGACUACCAAAUUAAAUAUGGUUAGUUUGUCUCCUAGUAUAUUUUUGGAACUUUCUCGAUUUGACGAGAAACGUAAACGUAUCGCAAUUUAAAAUCUCUAAAGUUACGAUUAUAAUUUUUUUUUUUAAUUUUUUUUUCACCACGGCAAAAAUAAAUUAAAAUAAAAAAGCUUUCAUAUCAGAUAAUUUUGUAUAGCGUGACCUUAUAUACUAAAAUUUAUUAAUUACAACAUUUUACAACUCCUCAAUGUUUAGAUUGAAAAUGUGAAAAUAAAAUUAUUUUAUGAUGAUAUGAUUCAAAAGGUUUGCAAUAAAUUCCUCUUGUCACAUGUCCAGGCUACAGGUAAUCCAUAAUUCUAAUGAAUAAAAAAAAGGAAAAUAUUUUUGAGCUUUAUACUUUUUAAAAAAAAUAAUUUCUCCGACAUGCCCUUUUCAGAAUGGCAUUCUUCACAAUGGAAGCAACUUAUUAUGUAUCUCUUAAAGGGAAUAUAUUAUGUUAUUUUGGUGGAAGACUUUUCAUAUGGAGUCCGUAAAUUUUGACACUUGUAGCGUUCAUAGUUUUAUUUUGGUAAAUUAUUUAGCAGCCCACCAAUGGUCUGGGUGUUCCUUCAACCUAUUUAAGAUGAAUAAUAAUAUAUAGUUUCCAUCGCAUGCGAAAAUGACCAAGGCUUCAACUUGAGUAGCAGCCUCCACUUUUUUUUAAAGUGUUGGUGAAUUGAUCAAUUUGUCAGCCUCAUUCUCCGUCGCCCUUGGAUAUUUGUUCCAAAAGCAAGUCUUAAGACGACUGAAAAAAGACUAGGAUCUAUUAGAAGACCAACAAUCUUUAUUAUGUCUCACUGUGCUCCGCGCAUGUUCCACAUCGCAGGAAUGGCGGGGUUUUCAUUAAGUCACACCGCCUACGGGACUCCAUCCCCGGGUUUCGUUUCAGAGUUAACCUUCUGUUUGAUGGGUCGCCAUCCAAGAUGAACAAGUCCCAUCCACCCCGUGUGCUGCUUUUAUUUUUGAUUAUAUUAGCAUUUGCUGGAGAUCCACCAGCUUGUAAUUGACUCAGUUAAUAUAAUAUUAGACGCAUGUAUUUUUAAAAUUGAUUUGAUCCAAUAAACAUAUAAUAUAUGCUGACAGAGGGUAUAUAAAAAGAUAAAGUAUAUUUUAAAAAAAGUAUAUAUCAAUAUUUUCAGGUAAACAGCGAGGGAGAAGUGGUUGGGCUGCUUCAACCGACAGACAGUCAUGUGCUUACACCCACUGACUUGGCAUAUCCUCACUAUUUGGUCAGAUUUUUUCUUUCUUAGUAAUAGCCAAUUUGUCUUUCCCUCUCCAGCACAGAGUCUCACAUUUUUGUAUUCACGAUUAAUUCUCUUGGCUGAUUCUUAAUUUUUGAAAGAAAAAAAUUAUGUUUUCGAUUAUACAUUAUUUAGCUAAUAUUGUUGGGGGUGACUUUUUUCGUCUCUUUUGGAAUUGUAUCACAAUGGAGAAGUGUUUUAAUUAAAAAUAUGAUUAUUAAAAAUAUUUUACUGAAUUGUAUUCGGUAUGUUUUGCAACAAUAUUAAUCUUUAAGUAUGAAGGAAUUUAAAAAAAUGUAAAUUACAGCAAAAAAAAAAAAUAAAUAAAAAUAUGUUUAAUGAAAGCUGAUUACAGCUAAAAAUAACCGCUGCGAUUGUCAUCAAAACCAAAAAAGAAAAAUUUUAAUGGCAAAAUAUAACCCAUAUUAAAAGUUUUUAGUUAUUUCAGAAUCCACAAGAUUAUAUUAAUUUCAUGACAUACACACGAUCAUUCCUAAAAAAGAUUAAGUCUAAUGCUUGUAAUGUAGUAGAAGUGAAAUAAUUAUCAAAUUAAGUCACUUUAAGUGAAAGGUUAAAACUUUUUAAUUUUUCUGAAAAUUUAAAAAAAAAAUAUUAUAACAAAUUAAAUGUUUUUGGAACAAAAAAAUGACAUUUUCAAAUCAUUAGUUUGUUGUGUUUUGUACGUCUGUGAAUGGGCCUCUCCAAAACUUUGGCAAUGAAAUGCCCUAUUUCUUCAGAUGUAUCAAUAUUAUUUGGUCUGUGUGAUAUACAGAAGCAAUUUGAGUCAUUUCAUUUCCGGUUGGGGGGGGGGAUGUAGUGAGGGGAAACGGAAGACGAUGAGAUUUCAGGGGAGGAUAAAAGUACGGAAGCGAGGCAAUUAAAUGGUAGAGAAUAGAGAAAUGUGGAAGAAGAGCCUCAACAAAAAAGGAAAGGUAAAAAUUAUAUAAAAUUUAAUUGAUGGAAAGAAAGUAGGCAUAUGAUUUCUAUUGAGAUUUAAGGAAGAGUUACGUUUUUUGUUUCCUUUUUGAUUUUCUUAAGCAAAAGAAGAAGAGGUGUCGGGGAAAAGGCCUACUAUACAGCUAAUCGAAUAAUAUCUGAGAUGUUUGAGGAAUGUAUAAGUAAUUCAUUUAUCUAAUGCGUAUUUUAAACUGAUGUAGUUAAUUCAAGAUCAACAAUAGAUUUGUAUAUUUAAAGUUAUUUAAAAUGGAAUUUAAAUUAUUUGUUGUAAAUUUAAGGACAUUUAAUUAAUUUUUGUAUGCGUUGAUCGUUUGUGGCUCAGGGGCGUGAAAAGGGGCGGGUAUGCCUAUAUCAUAUUGGAGAUAAAUAAUUCUCAUAACUAAAUAAUCCUAGAAAUGUAAACGCGAAACUUCUUUUUAAAUCAAGGAAAGUUUGAGUAACUAUUUCAAGAGCGUGGAAUAAUGUCUAACUUUUCAAAUUUGUAUUAUAUAUUUUUUUAAAAAUAUAUAUAUAUGCGUAGAAAUUUGAUUUUUAGCUGUUAGGACAUUGCAGUAGCAGGUAGAAGGUAUUGCAAAUGUCUUCCAUUAUUAUUGCGGUAACAUCGGGUCAGAUCUUCUAAAGUCUUGUAUGAAUAAUGAAGAUGUUUGGCCGACUCCUGAAAGUUUAGAUACUUUUUUUAAAAAAAUUUGCAACACACAAUUGUCUAGAUUUAUGUACUACGACAUCUCCUAUUUAGUUUGUUCCUUGAUAGCAAAGAACGUAGAAAAAUGUAUAAGACGUAUAGCUUUGUACACAAUAUACAGUUGUAUAAAACUUAUCAAUUUUAAUAAUAUUUGUAAAGUUGUAUUUUUUUUAUUGAUAGAUGCCAGUGAAGGAAGAAUCCGAAACUAGACAGGAGAAAACGGAGGGGACAAUUGAAAAGCCUUCAUCUACUAAAGUCACAAUGCAACAAUUUAUGGUAUAAAAGUUAUUUCUUUCUUUUCUUUAAUUUCCCUGAAUGAUAUUUUAAUUUGCCAUGUAGUUAGGCAUGCCUAGAAUUAUUUUUUUUUUAAUCGAGAGAGUCUGGCGAGCAGACAAAAUUGUCAGUUCAAUUUAAGUUUAGUUUUAUUUAGACACUUACAUUUAGUUAAUCUUUAAACAUAUCUCAUUAUCCUAGUCCUAUUUAAUGCUAUUAUAUUUAUGUCGAUAGUACUGCCAUUUACAGAAUAUCUGAUUUCAAAUACCUAGGCUAUCCCCAUAUUACUUUCAGGAAAAGGAAAUGACGAUAAUGAAGAAACAACUGUUAGAUGAAAAAACGAAUGAUCGCCUGCAUUGGCCAAGAGUCUUGAUAUAAAACCCCAAUUCAUUUAAAUUAAGUUAAAUUUUUCUUUUUUAAUGUUAUAACCUACCGUGGCCACUAGUGCCAAGCUGUAUCAUCCUUAUGAUGUUCCCUUGGAUUAUCCAGAGGCGUCGAGGGAUGUUAUUUGCAUUUGGGUCCAACUUAUAAUAAAAUAAGAAAUCCACCUUAUCUCAACUCGUUCUCAAUCUACUUUAUGUGGAUGGUAACCUCGUUCACUCUGUCUGUCUCUCUCUCUUACUCCAAAACUCAGGUAACAACAAGUUGACUGGUAGCCUUUCACUUUAUUGGAUCUGCUCUACACUCAAAAUCUUGAAACUCUGCUCCGACUGUCCCGGGUUACUGUCUUCUCCUGUCUAUCUCUACUCCUGUCCAGUAGACUGUCCGGCUCGCCCUCCUGGCGGCGUAGCUCUCCCUCGACCUUCCGCUUCCCUGUCCGGCUGAGUUCUGUCUGUCCGGCUGAGUUCCACCCAGUCCUGUCCAACGGUUCCUAUUUAUAAGUCCCGAGCCCAUAGAGAUUCCUUCCCAGGUCUUUAAUCUUACUCCCCAAACUCAGGGACGUAAAUGUUCCCACUGUCUAAAUGGUCAUAAACCCACAGUGAAACGGCCAUUCUAGUGAAAUCUGAUACGCUACAACCUUUGGUCAGUUGGUCGGUUACCGUGCUGUGGGAUCUGAUACGCUAGACCCAUUGGUCAGCUGGUCGGUACCCUGCUGUGGGAUUCCCCCAACCCCCGUCGCACCCAGAUCCGAACUCUCCACAGAACUAGAAGAAUUAUCCCAGGCCUUGUGCAUUUAGUCCUGCGAAGUCUAUACCGUGGUAAAUUUGUGACGGGCGUAUGCCAGCAAAAAAAAAGACAACCACCCUUCAUCUAACUACCGAAUAUUGAAGCCACGCCAAUACCAUCUACCGCAACGCUCCAUACGCUUACCACAAACUAAUACAUACAUUCUGGUUGAGACUUUAGCGUUCGCUUAAUUAAAGUCUUUUCUAGUAGAUUGCAACCAGAUGCAUCGGCUGGGCUGUGACAUAUACCAUUGUUUACCACAAAACUGCUCUAACAAAAUUCAUUUACUAGAAGACUACUGUACCACUACUCUACCACGUCUUCAUUAUGUCAAAGCAUAAUUUCCGUGGCAUCGUUUGAGGAAAUGGCAAUCGACCAAAAGUUUACAAUAACCUCUAUCCAUUUUUUAAAUCCUUUAUCUUAACUUCGAUUUUGUUUGUAUCUGGCUGGCUUAAUUUUUGGACAGCUAAUUCACCCACUUCCCGUCAAACGAUUGAGCUGAAUCUUUGCACAUAGUCUCAUUACCGAUGACGAAACAUGGAAUUACAUUUUCUAAUAGAGAUUCUUUCCUUUCUGAAACCGUGGCUAAUACAAAGUCAAUUGAAUUUUGUUUAGAAAUAUUUUAAUGAUUAAUUGAUUUUUUCCAAAAUAUUUUGAACUUAUUCUUAAGUUAUCCACUUUGCGUAUAAACCUCUUCUUUCGAUUGACUGAACUUGUUCUCAAUCUCAAAUCGUUUGGGUUUGGUGGCCGAUUCUUUGACCAAGUCAGUAAUGUUAUUAUGGGGACUACAAAAUGGACUUAGCUACGCAUGUUUUUUCAUAGGGAAUUUAGAGAACAUGGUAGGAAAAAAAAACUCUAAAAAGCUGUAAGAUAUACAUUGAUGAUGGUAUGGGGUCAUCACUAUGGCGAGGAUUAAUUAGACCCCAACAAUGGCGAGGAGUGAACUUGAACUUUUCAUCAACUUUGUAGCCUCCCUGCACCCCUCCAUUAUAUUUACAUUUUUUGUCUCUGAGACUUCAGUCAACUUUUUGGACAUUACGGUCACCCACAACAAAGACAACCUACUCACUUCCGCCUACUUUAAACCAACUGACAGCAACAGCUAUCUCCUCCUCUGCUCAGCGUCCCACACUUAAUCCUGUGUUGUCCUGUUACCUUAUUUCAAGCUUCCACAUACCUCGUUUCACUAUUUCAUUCAUUUAAUCCUGUUAAGACUUUUCAUUUUUCACAAUUAAUUCGUCUUUGUAACGAAGACACCUCUGACUUUCGUGCUCUGUGCACACUUUCUGUAUUGUUUUGAUCAAAAAUUGUCCGCCAGCCAGUUUGAAAUGCCGAUAUAGGUGCUCGGUACACCUGGUUGAGACUGCCGCCCCCUCCCUUCGGAUGUGUGCGCCUGGAGCGGUUAACCUCUCGCCCCUCCUCUUCACGGCUCUAAGUGUAUGAGGAAUCGUGUCCUCAAUUCAUUACUUUACCUACCACUGCUGUAAAACGGCAGAGCAGGCAGCCCUUUUGACUUUUAAAAUAUCCUAGGUAUUUAAGUGGGUUUCCCUUUUUUUUGUCUUUUUCAGCUUACCGCAGACGAUAAUUCACAAAAGGGUUCACUCUUUUACAAUAUGUCUUAGGGGAUCUCAAGCUUUCUGAGCAGUACGGCAUAACAGAAUCACGCCAGGGUUACAUUUCGACUUUGUGCAUUUCUCCUUAUUUGUCGAGAAGUACAAAUAGUUAAAAGUAUAAGCAAAACCUUUAUUAGCCUUUUGUACUCUUGCCUUGAUAUCUGCCUCUGAUCAACCACCAUUACUAACUUAUCUUCCUAGAUAGGUAAACUAAUCCACAUCUCCUAGUGCAUGUCUGUACUUUGUCAACAUUAAUUUCAACUAGCCAACUGUUUGUAUUUUUUGUCAGGAAAAUGAAAUGAAGAAUUUAAAAGAACAGUUUUUAGAAGAGAAACAAAAGGAUCGGCAGUUUUGGGUAAGAUUUGAUUGA